UAAGAUGUUUUCUUUUCAACUCAAUCAGUCGAGUUUUUUCUAUUCACAUUGUUGUGUGCUUACAUUUUUUGAUUGAAUAAUGUAUUUUCCAUACAUUCUCGCCUAUUUUAUUGCAGUUUUUGCAGUAAAAAGUGCCGUAUCAUUCAAUGUAGAAGUAAUUCCAUCGCCAAAAACCCUGGUUGGUACACGAGCUCAUUGGGAUGUAGCGCAGCAAAGUUUAUAUUAUUGUGAUGUUUAUGGCAAUGAAUCUUCAAUAUUGCGCUAUGACUACAAUGAGAACAAAGUCUAUACAGCUGGGAUUGAUGGAGAAUAUGUUGUUCCAUUUAUAAUUCCCGUUGCAAAUACCACUGAUAAAUAUGCUGUUGGCUUGGGAAAGAGAGUCGGAGUCAUAAAUUGGGAUGGUAAAUCAUCGAAGGCAACCCUCGACUCAAUUGCAUUCGAAGUUGAUAGUGAUAAGAGUGACAAUCGUUUUAAUGCAGCCAAAGCAGAUCCAUCGUGUAGAUUCUAUGGUGGCACCAUGCUUUCAGAGAAAGUUGCUGAUCCAUCCAAAAGUGCUGCUGGUAAAGUAUUUAAAUACGAAAAAGGUAAUGGUGUCAAUGAAGUGUUGGACAACAUUUACAUUUCAAAUGGCAUGGCAUGGGAUGAGAACAAAAAUAAAUUUUACUACAUCGAUUCGGGAAAAUUCGAUGUUAAGGAAUACGACUACGAUCCAAAUACUGGAAAUAUUUCCAACGAAAGAGUUGUUGUUGAUUAUAGCGUAAAUGGCAUAAAUCCUGGCUUUCUUCCUGAUGGUUUGACCAUUGAUACGGAUGGCAAUUUGUACGUCACAUUUUUCAGUGGUUCAAAAAUAUACAAAAUUGAUCCAAAGGAUGGCAAAGUUUUGUUGGAAAUUCCAUUUCCGGUUAAGCAAGUGACUGCAGUUGCAUUUGGUGGUCCAAAUUUGGAUGUGCUGUAUGUAACAACUGCCGCGAUAGAUAACACUGAAGCAGAAUCAGCUGGAUGUUUAUUUAAAGUGACUGGACUGGGUGUUAAAGGUUAUCCCGGUGUUAAAGUGUGCGUUUAAUUUGAUUCAUACAUGCAUAAAGUAUAUAAAACAUGUUUAUACAACUAAAAUAUUUAAAUCUGUACCUUGUUCUAUAAUCUUAUCAAUGUUGACAUGAGAACGGAAUAGGUAAAGGAACAGUAAAAGUAAUAAAAACAACUUUUUAUUAAAUA